CCCCGCGCGCGCCUGCCGUAUCUCCUCGCUUCAUAGACACUCGGGACACCCAACAAUCAAAUACACUCCAUACUAUUCAAAUGAAAAUGGACUCAGUCGUGUGAUAAACCUAUACGAGCUUUUGUAAGCACGCAAAGUUGAGGUGAUUUUAUUUCUUUUUAAAUUGGCAAACAACAUUUAUAGUGUGAUAGCAAUUAAAAUGAUUUGUGAGAAAGUGUUUUUCGCGUAAAUAGGUAGCAGUGGCGGCGGUUCGUCUACGUCAUGACACACGGUUGCAGCAACUUUAAUUAUACUACUGGCACGACAUAAUGAAGUUUAUUCAUUGUCAAAUUGAAGGAAAUAGCUCUUUGAAAGGCAAUUACAAGGGUGUAGGAGAAAGUACUUCAGCAUGCCACCUAAAACUCGUACGGGUUUGGUAGACGCACUGCACACGAUUGCGCGGCCGCUUCUGUGACUAGCAAGGUUUCGGGUGCACGGCACGGGCGGCGGAUUAGGCGUGGGGCGCGUCGUGUGGCGGCGGCGCGGGCGCGGGCGGCGCCAUGAAGCGGCGCCCGCCACCAUGACGUUGCCGCCGCCCGCGCGCCCCGCGCACUACCCCGCCGCACACCGCGCAAUGCGCUAUUACCGCAUCUGGAUAUACGCGUGCAACGGGGCUCUGCUGCUUGGUGCGCUCGCUUUCUGCGCGGCAGCAGGCCGCGCUCUAGCAGACUACAGACGCGGGCUCGUGCCGGGCUUAGGCGCCGCGCAGCCCGGUUUUCUCUACGGUUACGCGGCGUUGCCUGUGCAGGCGGGGCUGCUACAGUUACUGGGUUGCCUGGCAGCUUUACGACUUUCGGAACGCAUGCUUAACGCCUAUUGGCUAGCAUUGCUCGCUCUACUGGUCGGUGACGCUGCAAUUGGGGUUUACUGGGUAUUUCGCUUCGAACGGGUGUGUCGAGAGUUACGGCCACAGUUGCGUAUUAGACUAGCAAAAGAUUACGACACGGACGUUGAUUUCUCCGAAGCUUGGGACCGUUUACAAAGAGAACAGAGCUGCUGCGGGGUGACAGGGCCAUCCGAUUUUGCAGCGUUAAAUCGUACAAUUCUGCCUCCGAGUUGCUGUCGAAUACCAGCUCAUACACCAGCUGUCACACCGAUAUCAUUUUCCACGACGGCAACAGCUCCCGUUUCGUUCACUCCAGUUCAUUGCAUACCACACACGGCUGCCUGUGCGGAAAGGUUACUUACUUGGCUAAGAAAAACUGCGGAUGCUCUAUUUGUGUUAGGUUAUUGUGUGAUAGCAUUUCUCAAAUUUUGUUUUCUUGGAAUCCUCAGAUGCGAAAUUAAAGAGAUGAUUCAAAAAAUAAGAAUACUACGUAGCGAGUUGGGAGCUGGGGAGCUGCUCGACGGAAGUCCCCUCCACGGUGGACCUUUGUCACAAACGAUAGUAGUAAAUGCUGUAAAUGCUAACGGAGGUGUCCGCACACACGGUGGUAGUCCGGAAAGGGCGAGUGAAAGAGAAGCACUUCUCGGCAGACCUUCAGAGCCUUGCUCGAGGCGUAGCGUGCACGAAGAUUCAUUAGGACCUAAAACCGUUAACGGUAACAACAAUUGCGAAAUGCGAGAAUUGGCUCGAGGCGAUUACAGGCCCCUAGCGACAGACAGCGCAGCGACUAGAAUCUGACUAAGAUGUUACUUGGAGCGGUUGUUUGGACGGCGGUGGCGUUCGUUCCCGGCCGCUGGCUUCGAGGCGGAGCCCCCAAUGAUGCACAGCAUGCCUGUGUGCGUGCGUCGGUCGGGGGCUCGCGUGCGCCUCGACCACCGCCGCCACACGCGCUCCGAAUUCGAACUUUAAACCUGGCGUGCCGGGCCAGUAGAUCACUGAACAUUCAAUAGUAUCGCAGUUCGAUUAGUAUCAAAUUUGUCGUGAUUAUGUGUAUUUUCAAGUUCAUAUUAGUAAAUUGCAAACUGUUUCAGGAUGGUUUUCGAUGUUGUAGUGUUAUUUAUUAGAAACAUCCUCGUUUCGGACCGUUACGUUAGAAGUGUCACGGGUAAAACGGUUUUACUCGACGAGCAAAGCUUGUGUUUAGUUCCUAAUGCAUGGCAGUUAAAGUAUUUCUCGUGUAAGAUUAGACGGUAAUUCAAUGUGAAGUACUUUCAAAUCAAUGAGAGUGUUGAUGACUCAGUGUUUGAGUGGGACCGACUUGGAGCUAUUUACCAAAGAACUUACUGUACAGUGUUAUCAUGAGCAUAUAAAAAGUGUAAAAAAUAGGUUCAGUAAUUAAAUAUUUUUAUAUUUCGCUUAGAUAUAAGUUUUGGCUUAAAUUGCAUUCCAUUACAUUGUUUCGAUUAAUAAUCUAAAAAGUUUUUAAAUUCGUCUUAUCAAAUUUUUAUUAGUGCUGUAGUUAAACUUUGUAAUUUUAUUUAAUUCCUAAUUUUUAAUUCUUUAAAUUGAUGGAAUUCUAACGAACUUGCUACCCAAAUUAUUCUCGACUCCUUGAUAUAUUAAACGGUUUCCUUAGGUACGGUGUGAUAAACAUUUCUAUUACAAUUUAUCGUUGAGAUGCAUAAAGUUUUGUCUUUACUGGUUAAACAUGCCCUAGUUUUGCUUUCCCUUUUAGAUAGAUUUAUUUUGUAUUUUCAUGACAGAGACAGGCUGAUCUGCGCAGCCUGCAACUUUAUCGAAUUUUAACAUCAGCCACUGAGGAUUUUUCCUUACUACUAAGAUUACUUUAGACAUUUCGAGGAAAAUAAAUGUUUGGAUUGAAACAUUUUCGAACAAGCGGAAUAUAUUAUGAAGUACAUUUCUAUUUCGAUGUUGAAUGUCGUUUUAAAAUAGAGCGGAUCUUCAGUGGCUUCAGAUAUAAAUGUUGAAUGUAAAUAAUAGAUUUAUAAUGUAUGUAACAUUAGUAGAAGAGUACAUUGCAUGGACAGAUUGACAAAAUAGUACUGAUAUGAGCUUAUACGACGUAGUGCCUACGAUAAUAAAUGCUUAAACAAUAAAAAAGCAACAUUUACUGAGUCUUUUAUUUACGGCAAAUAAACUUUCGUACAAUAUUUAAUGUCAUACAGUUGUUAGAAGAGUUUACAUAAUAAUUUAUUCUGUACAAUGUGCUGAUGUCUUCAGAUUGAUUGUACAGUCGGAGGAACUAUAGAUGGCUGUGUCAAAGAGGUGAAACCUUUGAGAAAAAUAUUGAAUAAAUAAUUAUAUCUAAAUGUAUCCCUUAAAUGUUAGAUACACGAGUUACAGACCGUGGGGAUGAAAAUUAAAUACGAUCGUAUUGUUACGCGUGAUUACAGAAAUUGGACAUAGACCAUGUAAUAAUCGAACCUAAGAUUUUAUAAGGAACCAAAUAACAGUUUACAUGUUCAUAGCACCAGAAGCUCAUCAAAAUAGUAUUUAGAACUAUCGCCUCCAUUAACAUUAUAUCUAAAAUAAUAAAAUGUAAUCAAUGACGGGGCUGCGCCUACUUUAUCGAUAUUUCUAAUAUUGUUCAAACUAAUCCUUUUGCUUUUCUUUUCAUCUUUACUUACAUACUGGAGAAUUAUUAUUUGUGUGAUUCGAUCGAGAGAGAAAGGCGCGGCCACGUACAUUUGCUACCCAACAUAACUACAUGUUUGUACUAAUAUUACUGUAACUUUUUAGAAAUAUUAUAACGAUUAUGAAUUACUAAUUAUUAUGUUUGCUUAGAGUAGGUAAUAAUUCUGAUUUUAUGCAGAUAACUAAAUAGUUUUUUAAUAUUGUUGUCACUGAAUGUACCAAUCUUAUUAAAUUUGUACCUAUAUUCGGAAAGUUGAAUAAUUUGUAGUUAGGAUCAAAUCUACAUCCUGCAACUCUUCCAAAACGAUAAAUUAACAUGUGCCUUGGCUUAUGAAAUGUUAUGUUUUAUUUAUAAAAUAACAUAAAAAUAUGUAAAACAAAAUUAUUAAAUGAAAUGUGUACCUCGUCACUGACGUGCUGCCUGUACCUCUUUGUGUUGUUCUAUUAUGCUACUCAUUAGUAAUUCAGCUUGCAUUGCGAUUUAAGCUAUUAGGUAUUAUUCAAAACAUAUUUCACUUUUAUAAGAAAAUGUAUAAUUAUUACGAACUUUUACGAAUUACACCUUAUUUACCAAUGUCGGCAAUGUGAAAAUUACAGUACCUACAGUGAAAUCUCGUGAAAUUUAUAGUUAAAAACGCAAUGCAGGCUUAUGUCGAGUUACGAGAUUAUAAUAAUUUAUCUAUUAGAUGAUUAUUUUGUUACUAAAAUAUUGUCUACUUUUUAGAGAAACAAUCUAAAGGUUUUUUUGUUAUUUAAUUUGUUAACGACUUCAUGAUAGUGCUGUAGAUGUGUGUAAAAAUUACAGAUUAUACUACUAUGAAAUACCACUCUUGAUUUGACUCUUGUUUUAUAUUUUGAAAUAAUAACGAGUCCACUUAUUUUUAAAAUAUGUACAGUUACGUACUAAUAUAUAUAUAUAAGUACAUAAUUAUAUCAUGUAUAUUUCGCAGUCAAAUUGCAUUAUUUCGCCACUUACAGACGCUUGGCAUUUUGUGAUACGUCAAGAAUUCGUAAUCGGAAGUUUUUGGCACGUUUAUGGUUUGGAUAAGGGGGUGGGUUAAGUUAGGUUUGUUUUUUUUUACUACACAGAAAUACGAGCCCCGCGAAGUGGGGCUCCGUCGGCUCGCGACCGUCUUUUUGUAGAAUUUUGGAAAAAGUAAAUCCUAAGCAUUUUACAAAAUGCCGAGCAUUUUUAAACGACGAAAUAAUACAAUUUGCCUGCGACAUGUAUAAAUUAAUAUGAAUAGACAAUGGCAAGAAAUUAUUAUAAUUUUCAUAUCAUCAGAUUUUCAUGCUAUGUAAUAAUUUUAAGUAGUUUUUAUUUUAAUGUGUGUUUAUCAAUUCUUGAUGUAGAGUUGUUGCAACUUUCCGAAGGUACGCACUAGGCGACUGAGAGCUAAUAUUAUCAUAAUGAAUGCAUAAAUUAAAGUUUGUUAAAAAUG